AGUAUUUUCUCUUCCGUUAUACACAGUGGACGGCACAGCGGUCUUAGAUACUCUAACAGACGGAGACGCUUAGAGGGAACCUGUCGUACUUUCUUAAAAGAAAGAGCGCGUCUAACUCUAAUAAUUAGUCGCUUAAUAUAA